CAUAGGGUUUACCACAAACCAAAAGCUUAACUCGCUUAAGCAAAUCAACAUAAAGCGCAACUCACAUUUUUAUGGCCAAACGCGCAGUUAGCGAGCGAAUUCAAUAACGCCUUAUAGACAAGAGUCAGAGUGUCGAAUCGAAACAGCCGAUAGGGGACACAAGUUCGUCUCAAGUUGCAAUCAAAACCAGAUCUGAUAUAGUUUGUCAAGUAGCUUAACGAGAUACAAACGUUUCACUUUAACAAACCCCCCCCUUGGCUUUUCUAUCGCCAAACUUAAUCUUUUAACUCUGACUCAAAGUUUUCUAAGAAUGAAUAUAAAUAGCUGUAUUGCUCCUUCUAACCAUUCCCCCGCUUUUAACUCACGUCAAUUCUCACAAUGUCUGACCGUAUCAAACCAUGGCAACGAAAAGCCAUUGGACGGGGCCGAACUCCCCUUCCGGACGCACCGGGCCAUCGUCCAUGGCUGAAGAAGGAUAUCAAUAUCGAUACUUCGGAGGCUGGUGCGUCUAACAAGGAGUCCAGCAGUGGGUCUCAGACAGGAUCAGAAGUAAGCUUCAAGGUCGAAGAAAGCCCAAGAAAGACGCUUAAAGACGUUUAAAGACACACAGCCAAGUCCAUCACAAGCACUGAUUGAUGGCUAAGGGCCGGAAAUUGAAGUUUCACAUUGAAGACAGUGUUGCUCGGAAUAGGGGACAAUAUUCAAUACACAUACAAUAGGCUCCAAUUCAUCACAA